CUUAUUGUAACCUAGGACAUACAGACAAGUGUCAUGGCGGCCGAAACGGGUGUGGACAACGAUAGUGGAGGGGGGUCCAGGGGUUCCGGAGGAGCAAAGAAAGAGUCGGAUAAGGACCGGGCAACCUUCGAAUGUAACAUUUGUCUGGACACCGCGCACGAUGCUGUCAUCAGCCUUUGUGGCCACCUGUUCUGUUGGCCAUGCUUACAUCAAUGGUUAGAAACACAGCCCGGAAAGCAAGAAUGUCCAGUGUGCAAAGCCGGGAUUAGCAGAGAUAAAGUAAUCCCUCUGUAUGGUCGUGGAAGCACAAGUCACGAUGAUCCAAGGCUAAAAACUCCACCCAGACCUCAAGGUCAGCGACAUGAACCUGAAAGCAGAGGGGGUCUGGGUGAUACUGGAUUUCAUAUGUCAUUUGGAAUUAGUGCAUUUCCUUUCGGCUUCUUCACCACAGUAUUUAACAGCAACGAAAACUACCAGAGAAUAGACAAUGUUGGGAAUCCUAACACAUGGCAGGACUCACUGUUUCUCUUCAUUGCUAUCUUCUUCUUCUUCUGGUUGCUGAGUGUGUGAGCAGCACCUGUGCAAAGACCAUCAGUUCCAGACUGACUCGGAUUGUGUGGUACCAUCCCACCCACCAUAUGUGCAUACAGUACACUCUAGCCAGGGGGGAAGGUGGUGCUCUUUAAAUGAUUUUUAAGGAUGCCGAAUGGAGCAGUGAUACUAAAUUGAGACUCAACUUCAGUUUGAAGAAAUUUAGUUGUAUGAUUUUUUUUUUAUUUAAAUAAUGAUCAUAAAUAAACAUGAAAAUGUUGAAGAUAUUGGUAAUUUUGCACUCAAAAUAAGGUAGACUUGCCAAACAAAGACAACAUGGUCCCUUCCUGCAUCUAUUCUACAGUUGCAACUACAGUUAUCUUUAUCUUCAUGAUAUUUUGAUUCAUGCCUACAAAUCAUUUUGUAGCAUGAAAAUAAAACAGGAAUUUGUUAUUCCACAACUAGUUGGAAUACCUAAAUUUAAGUCUAAUGUGUAGUAUACAUUGCCCAAUGUUAAAAUGAGCAACGCUGUUAUAAUUUCUACUUUAGUUGCUCCGACAGUGCAUCUGGUUAGAGGAUUCUUUUUAAAUAGUGUAAAUUUGAGGAAUUUGGAAUUGACAGGAUGAUGUUUAUUUCUUGAAAUUCAACAUGUCUUUGUAAAACCAAAAAGAAUAACAAGUUGCAUCAUUUGUAAUGCCAAGUACAUUGUUUUCCGCGUGAACAUCAUAUUACCUUUUAAAGACUAAAUUGUUUGAAUCUGAUUGGUGGAAAGAAAAAUGUUAGUUUGGUCUCCCCAAUUCCAUGUUAAGAUUAUUUUUUUAUAAGUUUAAAAGAAAAUUUAUUGAAAAUAUAUAAUUGUAACAGUGUAUAGAAUGUAAGUAAGUAUACAUACACGUUUUUCAUUGAAUAUGUAUAAUUCCUUUUGCCAAUGUAAGUCUAAAGUGUGUAAAUUGUAUGUUUAUGCUUCUAUAAUUUGUUACAAUGAGAAGAAAAAUUAUUACAAGAUGAGAAAAGUU